CGAUGCCGGUGCCAUUGCGAUGGGAGUUCUGGCAGGGGUGAUGGUGGGCCUCGCAGUGCCCGCAAGCAGCUGGGCCAUCAACGACCUGCCUGAGUUCUCUGUGGUGAGGCCGAGCUACAUGCAGGGCGUCGACGCCGCCUUGGCCGCUACGAAGCCCGGCGAAAUCGACUUCGUCACGAGGAGUCGAAUUGAGGCGUCCUACUUCCCCCAAGUCCUUGAAGAGCUCAAGCAGGAGAGAGUGAAGCUUGAGGCAGCUCCCAGCAAGCAGGAGCGCUUGGAGAAAGCCACUCAGCAGAUGAGGGAGUAUGCCCAGACGGCUCAAUUCCGGGUGGCCGAGGAAGUACCGGAAGUAAGGAUGUGA